CAGGGCAGCGAGAGGGACGGAGACGCUGAGAGACAGAGAGAGAGGGAGGGAAGAAGACGCUGAGAGAGACAGAGAGAGGGAAGGAGACGCUGAGAGAGGGAGAAGGAGACGUUGGGGCAGAGCAGAGAUGAAGCGUGGAUAUGAAGAAAUCGCAUCGACAUCUGUUGGCCCGCCUCAAUCGAGACUUCGGUUGAGUUCUCCUGAUGAAGCACAGUUUUUGGAAGAUGAGAGUACAAAGAAUUUGGCGCGGAAAGUGGCAGAGCACUACAGUGCGAGGACGAAUCAGACACUUGAAGAACGGGAGGCGAGUCCGAUUAUCCAUUUGAAAAAGCUGAAUAACUGGAUUAAAAGUGUCCUCAUUCAGAUUUAUGCUCGUCGGGGAGAUGCUGUUCUCGAUCUUGCUUGCGGGAAGGGAGGCGACCUGAUCAAAUGGGACAAGGCGAAGGUUGGAUACUACGUUGGUAUAGAUAUAGCAGAAGGCUCGAUAGAAGACUGUAGAACACGCUACAAUGGUGAUGCUGAACAAAAUAUGCGCAGGAAGAAGUUUACAUUUCCUGCACGCCUUAUAUGCGGAGAUUGUUUUGAGGCUCGCUUGGACAAAGUUUUGGAAGAUGAUGCGCCAUUCGAUAUAUGCAGCUGUCAGUUUGCUUUGCACUACUCAUGGUCAACUGAGGCACGUGCACGACGAGCUCUGGCAAAUGUCUCUUUAUUACUUCGCCCAGGAGGGACCUUCAUUGGGACAAUGCCUGAUGCAAAUGUUAUUGUCAAAAAGCUUAGAGAAGCCGAAGGUCUGUCAUUUGGAAAUAAUGUGUACUGGAUUUCUUUUGACGACGAAUAUGCUGAAAAGAAAUUUAAAUCAUCCAGCGCCUUCGGCAUCAAGUACAAAUUCCACUUAGAGGAUGCUGUUGAUUGUCCCGAAUGGAUUGUUCCUUUUCAUGUUUUCAAGUCGUUAGCAGAGGAGUAUGAUUUGGAGCUUGUUCUUGUGAAGAACUUUCAUGAAUUUGUAGCUGAGUACUUGAAAAAGCCUGAAUUUGCAGAGCUCAUGCGGAGGCUUGGUGCGUUGGGUGAUGGAAAUCAGGAUCAAAGCACACUAUCAGCGGAGGAAUGGGAAGUAGCUUACCUGUAUUUGGCAUUUGUCUUAAGAAAGCGCGGACAACCAGAUUUGAAUCGGAGGGGCAGCAGAGGAAACAACGGACAGAUGCAGAUCCCGAAGGGCGACAUCAUGUACCUCAACAACGAUGGUGAAUAGAUACUCCUCGAGUCCCCAAUCUCAAACCAACGGGGUAAUGCCACGUAGCAAGUGGACCCCACAUCGCUCUCCGUCACCAUCGCCUAGCGUAAAGCGGCAGCCUGUGGAGAGAUACUGAUGGGGAGGUUAUGUGCAAUUAAGGGUGGACUGGAAAUAAAAAAGAAAAAAAGAAAUUUUGUUAAAUGUAAUAGAAAUGCAAUUUUAUUUUAUUUUAUUUUAUAAUUUUUUUUUUUAAUGGCGGCAAAAUGCAAGCGGUCAGGGACUUGGCAAAGCAAUACUAGGAUAGAAAAUUCACAGUUCACGUGAAUCAUAUUUGUGAGUUAUUUGAUGCUCUGGCCAAGAAUGAGUGGACGCUGCUUGAUACACAGGCACCCCAUUAUUUGUAUACACAGCAUACAUCAACUUAAAUCAAACUGACUAAAUUGUGGAA